AUGCGAAUUCAAGAGCUCCUGGUACUGCUGGCGACGAAGACUGCUGCAGGCGAUGCAACAUCCUGCGAUGGUUUUUCUCAACUGCGCUUCACUCUCACUACGAACGAGGGAGGCCUGGCUGACGCAUUAAGAGAAUGUGUCGCGCCGCUUCUGUUCACUCCCAGCAAGUGGCUUCCAGGUGACCAAUCGCGCAAAUUUUGCGACCAAGAAGCGUGCAAGCGUGCCGUCCAGAAGAUGGAACAGCUCCCUCCAUGCACUUGGAAUAGCGAAAUCCCUUCAGGCAGCGACGCUAACACACUAUCUAUUGCGCAGCAGGUCAUGCGUGACUGCGGCACGUGAGCUUCAACUUCAGCUAGACCUCUUUAGCUGAAUAGAGAUGGUCGUCAAUUUCCUUUUAA